AUGAACUUCCAUUUACCUCAAUCUAAACUAGACAAAUCUCUACCCUCUUUACCCGAUGAAGCUUCAAAGAAUAACCAUAAACUUGGUCCUCCAAAUCGCACUAUACAUCCAAAACGUUCUUUCGAACGUGACGUUUCUCAACAAACAAUAAUACCAAGAUCGUCUUUGGAAUCCGCUGAUUCUAUACCAAAAUCUCAUACUCUUCCUAUUUCUGAAGAUGCUGUCAUAAAUCGUCGUCAUUCUCGACUAUUUGAUAGCCAGCUUGCUGAUAUCCUUAAGAAUAAAACUGGAAAACUUAAUGGUCAUCAACGUUCCGAUGAUAAACAAAAAUCGCGUGAGGAUCUACCAAAAAAACACGGUAUUUUCUCAAAAAGGAAUGAUUCUAUAGAAAAUCUUGCGAGAAUGUUUCCUUCCAAGAAUCGCGGCGAAAUAAAUGAAAAACAUUCUAGAAAUGCUUCCAUCACAAGUUUACGGAGCGAACCUUACGACAGUUCCAAUCAUACCUUUUCUCUUAAUAGUAAUCAUAGUGAUAAAAUGGAACUUUGGUCAAAAAGUAUGCAUAGGAAAAUUGACUCUUCAUCUUCAAUAAAGAAAAAAACUUUACCAAAUCAACAACAAUUAUCUCAUAUUGAUGAGCGAUCAAAUUCUUUUUCACCUAACGAAAUUCCUUCUUAUUCAACUUACUAUCCGUCACACUCAAAUUCUCCAUCAACUCCUUCUUCAAAUUCCCCCACGAGUCCAGAUUUUCCAUCAUCUACUAAUAACGACGUACCUCCUCGCAAGGGUGUUUAUGAUAGUGGUCCGCCUGUUUUACCUCCUUUAUCCUUCUCUGAUAAAACUAACGAUGGAAAUCUCGAUGAUGCUUUGUCUGAUAUAAAAAUAGAAUCUGAUUUAAAGAUAGAACCUAGUCUAUUUACUGCUGACUUUUCCGAUGAAAGAAGUUUUAAAUCACAAACCGGGUCUAUAAAGACUGAAUCUAUUGGUGAUAAUUCUCCUGGUGAAUCCCCUAUGUCACCUGAACGAAAAGAUAGUAUGUCGUCUUUGACUUCUGCUUCUAGUAAGGAAAAUGAAAUAAUUAUUAUUGAGCCUGAAGAUACUUCACCCGAAGAAUUGAAAAAGCAAUUAUUUGAAUUAAAAAAGAAGUUAGCAGAAUCUGAAAGCAAUUUUCGAAAGAUUAAAAGAGUUAGUCAGAGAGCAUUCGAUGAUUUUAGAAUGGUUAAAGAAGAUUUUAAUACCGAAGUUACUUUGCGACGUAAAGCUGAAGAAACUGUUGAAAGUUUGCGUUCUGAACUUGAGCUUCAACAUAAAACUUUAGAAACUGCAAAAUUAGAUAGGGAACAUUUUGAAAAGAUUCUAAAAGAUUCAAAGUUAUCAAUGGACCAGCUGCAAUUAUUACAAAAUGAGUUGAAAGAAUUGAAUCUGCAAAAAGAGAUUGCCAUUAAUGAAUUAGAAGUAUUAACUAAAGAAAAGCAAGCUGGUCUUGCUGAGAACACUCCAAAUGUAUCAAAUAAUCUUCCAGGUUCUAUCGCCAAACAUUUAUCAACUCAAUUUGAUUUAGUCAAACAAAACUACCUGACCGAUAUUAAAUCACUUCAAAUGGAAAAGGACUCGUUAUUACAGGAAACAGAAGAACUUAGAAACAAACGAGACCAAUAUAGUGAGGAGAUGAAACUUCUAAACGCCAAGAAUUUGGAACUUAUUGAAAUGAACAAUGAACUAGUACGGCAGCUUGAAGUACAUAGUAAAGGAAAAGUUGCAAAUAAAAUUUUCAAAAAUAAUAAAACAUCUCCUUAUAUUGAUCCCGAAUGUACGGACGCUCCAAUUGUCUCCGUGCGGAACGUUGACCGUCGUAAUAGUACAGUUGUUACGCAACCAAAAGUGUUCCAAUGGAUAGUUAGACAAGGAAAAGGAAAAUUCAAAUUUUUAGGAAACACAAAUGUUAUUGGCUUGCCAGCACAUACUAAUGAUCACAACCGAGAAGAGGCGAAAAAGAAAAUGAUAAACCAAAUGUUCAUUAAUCAAGACGCUUAUCCAACUUCUCAUGGAGUGUCUACGGAACAUGAAAUUGAACACAAUAGUAUGUUUGGUCUUGAUCUUACAAAGCAGGCUGAAUUGGAUGGAGAUGAGGUGCCGUAUAUAGUAUUGAAGUGUAUAUUAGCCGUUGAACUUCGAGGAAUGGAUCUUGAAGGAAUUUACCGGAAAUCUGGUGGCGCUACGCAAAUGCGUGAAAUCAUAGCUGCUUUUGACCAAGGGAAAGAUUUUGAUCUAGAAACCCCUCAUCAAUUUAAUGAUAUCUGCGCGGUCACCAGCGUACUUAAACGUUAUUUGCGCGAACUACCAAAUCCUUUAUUAACAUUUGAAUUAUAUCAGAGUUUUCUAGAUGCAAUUGGUAAGGAAAUGGAUAAAAAUCCUUGUGCUGAUAACCGCAUGAAUGCUAAAAAUCUAUCUGUCGUAUUUGGGCCUACUUUGCUUCGCGGUCCAAAUCCUACUAACGAAAUUUUCGACAUGAAUUCCAAAAACAUGAUAGUCGAAUACAUCAUUGAAAAUGUUAAUACACUUUUUCCAACAUCAAGUAAUCAGAAUAAUAUCGAAAGAAGAAAAGAUGGAUUCAUAUGA